AUGUACCCAAGAUUAGUUAGAAACGAAUUUUGGCACGUCGUUAAUCUAUUUUUCGCUCAACUGAUUUUUGAGGUUAUGUUACUCGAUAAGUCGCUUUUUCUCAAUUUCAACUGCCAGAAUAGCCAGAUCGAAGUGUACUACUGCAAAGAGUGCUAUUUCCAGACGGGACUGACCCUCCUUUUUAAACGCCACCUCAAAAACCACCACAAAACUAAACAGCCCCCUGACUACCCCAUCCCCAAAUACACGUGCGACAAGUGCAAUUUCGACACCCAUUUCUCUUUGAAGUGGUUCCAGCACAUCACAACGUGUACCCGAACCAAACAAAACCCCCACCGAAAAAACAUCUACACUUUGUUCAGUUGCGACCGAUGCAACUACAAAUCCAAAUACAAAUGCAACUUAAACAUGCACAAGAGCGCGAAACACCCGACCGAAAACGAAAUCCGUUGGCACCCCUGCCCGAAAUGUACCUACAUAGCCAAACACAAAAUUUAUUUGCAGCGACACGUAAAAGUGCACGACCAAGACGUGAAGUGGUUCAAGUGUGAUCAGUGCCCACACCGCUCGAGACGUAAAGCGAAUUUAAAGAAGCACGUCAAGGAACGCCACUGCAGCGAGAAAGACAUCAAGUGGUACAAAUGUGAUAGGUGUUCGUACAAAGCUAAACGGAACGCGCAUUUGAAAAUUCACGUAAAUGCGCAUCACUUGGAUAAGGAGAGCGUUAAAUGGUACGAAUGCGAAGUGUGUCGGUACAGGUCCAAGCAGUAUGCCAAUUUGAGGAGGCAUGUGAACGGUUGUCAUUUGUAA